UAAAGAUAUUGGCAACUAGAAAACUAUAUAGUGAAGUUGCUUUUCUGAAUUCAAAACUGUAAUAAAACAAGACAUUAACAUUUUGUAAAACACAUAAUAGUCAAAUUUGAAAUUUUGAGUUAUUAGAAUAAUUUAUAUAUUAUUUCGGCUAAAAUAAAUUUCUCUAGUAAAGAACAAUGGCUUUGGACAAACAAAGAAUAUUAAGUGAAUUAGGUAGUGUUGUGAACCAACUUCAGAGUGCUGAUUGUGGUUGUAUGGGAAAGUUAUUCUCGAACCCUUGUCAAGGUACUACCACGGGUGCUUCAUUACCGACUUGUGACGGAUAUCGACGAGGAUGUUGUCAUGGACAUCACCAGGGAUAUAGCUCACCCUGUGCUGGGGAACCAUGCUCUAAUAUGAAUUCUAUGAACUAUUCUAUGAACCAACCAUGCAUGGGUCAGUGCAAUCCACCGAAACUUUACGCAGAUACUUAUAAUUAUUUAAACAAAAAUCUUAUGCAGCCUACGAUCAAAGAAGUAUAUAAUGAUUUAAAAACAAUCACACCUGCAAACACUAUAAUGAAUAAUCCUAUGGCAAGACAAUUAGGCCUCUCUCAAGGUUAUGCUAGUAUGCCGGCACAGAGUAAUAUGGUAGGCACGAACCAAACUUCUACGUUAGGAGGCUCCAUGAAUCAAAAUAAUGCAGAGAAUAUGGGUGGAAUGUCUGUUGGUUAUUCCUUGCAAAUGGAUAAUUCAGCGAAAUCUCAACAAAUGGGUAAUAUGCAAAACGUUCAAUCACCGAAUCAAACCAAUCAGCCACCAAGGCAUAUGAGCCAGCCAAUGGGAUAUAUAGGUGGAAUGGGAGCUCAAAUCGUUAAUAUGAUGACGGGCGAUAGCGGAUCUAAAAACAGAAUGUCUGGGCAGGUUGAUCAAUUGGUGGAACCUAUCCAAAGCAAUACUUCGUCGUCUCUAAAUGUAAGUGGAUAUAGUACUGGUAUAAAAACGAUGGACAUGAAUUACGGGCAACAAAAUCAUUCAAAUUUACAGAGUCCGGUUUCUCAAUAUCCGCCUAAGUUAAAUGUUUAUCCUAAAGAUCUAAUUCAUAGUAACCAAAUUUCAAAUUACAUGACACAAAAUAAUUUAACUUCUGGGAGUCAUGGAGUUGACCAAAUUAGUAAUAUGGAACAUGUGAACUGGAAUCCUGCAGUUCAACAAAUAUCAGCUCCAAAUCCCAAUAUAUACGGUCAACACACUCCAGGAAUCACAAAGUUUAAUGAGAUGUUCCCAGGUGUUAAGCAAGGUGGUGAUCUUGGAUUUGAUCCAAUGGCUAUAGCCAUACAAAUGAACCCUGCUAACCAACAGAAAGCAGCUAUGGAUACAAUACAAAAAUUGAUGACUGGGAACGGGACAGUUCGUGAUUCAAAUCCUGCUGUAAUUGCCGCUAAUGCUGCUAAUAUUAAUAUUCCACAAGGGAAUAAUAUGUCGAUGCAUGCAAAUAAUCAAAUGCUAAACCAAAAAGUCUCUGAUCAGCAAGUCUCCCUAACUAGUCACAUAACAAAUCGAUCUCAACCAGUGCCGCAACUAAUUACUAAUCCCAAUAAAAUGAUUAACAAUCAAAUAUCGCAUCAACAAAAUUAUGCAACUCAACAAAUACAGCAACAUCAACAACAGAAAAUAGUAGAGCCUAAUACUAACGCUAUGAUACACUCAUUAAAUCUUUUAGAUGGAAAUGAAACAAUUGAGAAUCUUAAUGCUCAAACACAACGGUCUAUGCUUCUUGAUAAAACUUUGCCACCUUCAACUUCCAUUCCAAUGCCGAAAAUGACAAAAGAACCAAUAUUUCCGGUAAACGCGUCAAGGAACCAAACUAUUUAUACGAAUCCACAAAAAACUUAUCAAUACAAUACACUUGGGCAACCUAUUCAAAUGAUGUCGGCGAAAAUGUAUCAUUCUUCAGAGCCGCCACUACCUCAAACGCUAUCACCGCAGCCAUUACUUACAAAACCAAGGAACCAAAUGAAAUAUAGUAAUGUAAAAAACACUAUUAGUAAGACAUCUAUUGCUGGAAAUAGAGCAGUAGGUAAAACACCCAGUAGAAGCCAAUUGCAACAAAUUUAUAAUCAGUAUAAGGGUUCCCAGUCCUUUACUCAGCAGAACAUAAAACCUUAUUCUCAAGCUUAUGAUAAUGGCUUAACUUACUCUGAGGGGAAUGUCACGCAUAGAAUUGCAAGUCCACCCCACCAAACGCCUAUAGUUGAAAAAGUUGGUGGUGACACUAUAGCCAAUAAAGCUUUAAUAAAUAUUAAUGCAGCAAAUAAAGUAAAACAAAUAAUGGAACAAAUUGGUGACGUACCGGCAACCAAACCUUGUGAAGAUAAUACUCUUGAUAAGGCAACACCUAUAAAGCAAUCCAAGUUAAGAAAUGGUUUACAAGACAUGGUUUAUACUUCAUAUCCUACUUCUACAGCUUGGUCUUUUCAUGGUAAUCGUGCACCAUUGUCUCCUGGAUAUAGAUACAAAGCUUAUUAACAAAUACUGUUGUCAUAAUGAAAAUACCUACAAGAUAUAUAUUUUAUUGUAGGUAAUUUGUAUGUUAUUAAAUUGAUUCUGUUUAAUGAAUAUUUUCAUGAUUUGUAAUAUUCAUGGAUUUGUUUUAGAU